ACUCCAAGCCACCAGGGGCGGCAGUUUUAGCUGCUCUCCAACAAGGUCAUGGCAAAACUACAUCAGUCGCUGUGAGUGCGUCAGCAGUGUCCGACGGCUUUGUUCCGUAAACGGCAGCAUCACACACUUGAUCACAUCCUCACGAGGAAAUAAACCAUUGUGUCAAAAUACUACACUGUCAUCUCUGAACAAAUAACUUAUGCAGACAUGGAGAAAUCGAGUAAUUUAAAAUCGUUUUUGGAGUCGUCGCUCAAUGAAAUAUUCAAAGCAACCGUGAGUGACAUUCUGGAGUCUGUUGAGCAGACCUUGUCCGAGUAUCAAGGUAAAAUCCUAAGGAUAGAAACUGAAAAUGAAAAUCUCAGGCGCAGACUGUACGAAUGUGAUACCAGAAUAAAGACGGAAAACAAAGGUGCAGGAGUAUUGGAAAUGCAGGAUGUAAGUGUUUGGAAAGCCAAGGAGAGCAAUCAUGUGGUCACUUCCUGUGUGGACACUUCAGUAGAAAGAUAUCCAGGGGAGACAGCGUGUGCCAACAUACCUUGUUCCUCCACACCAAAUCACUCAAGGCCCCCCACCCAGAACAGGAGAAAGCUAAACUCCCGGCGACCACGCAGAGAGCAGCCCAGUCAGGAUGAAGCCUGUGCUCAGAUGGGGACAAACACACCACCGUCGGAACGACUGUUGUCUUCCAACAUGGAGAAAGGUCACGCCGGUGCGCUUUUCACUUUCACCGUCAAAUCUGACCCCGACCUGCAGGAUGGCUGUGCCAUUGACCUCUCGAAGGCCCAGUCGCCUCUCAACCUAGUGGCAGCUAAGCAGAUCAAGAUGGAGGACACAGAGCUGGAGUAUGGUGGCAGCGAGCUCUACGGCUCAGAUUCCAGAGACAGUGACAAUGAUGUGCGGGUCACCAUCGUGUCUGACAGUCACUUGGGGGCCAGUGACAAUGAAGGCAGCUACUGCGGGGACUCAGAGACAGAUGAGAUGGAGAAGAGAUUGAGGCUGGACCACGGUGAGAAGGACACACUGGGGCCAGUUUCAGACAUUGAGGCAGAGUUCUCAUCUAGUGGAAGGAUGUUGCUUGAUGGACGAGAGUCUGGAGUGGUGGAGUCUGACAGAAACCUGUCGGACAGCCGGCUACUGGACGAAGAUGUUUCUGCGGGGGAGGACCUGACGCAGCCUGCUGACAAGCAGUGCACUUCAGAAAUCAAAACGCCUGGCAGUUUUUACCACUGUCCUGAGUGCAACAAAAUGUUCAGCCGCGUCGGCUCGCUGAACAUCCACCUGCGCAUCCACAGUGGUGAGAAGGCCCACACCUGCAGCCAGUGCGGCAAGCGAUUUGGCCGCGCCGACCUGCUCAAGUCGCACAAGCGAACUCACACGGGCGAGCGGCCCUUCAGCUGCAACCUGUGCGGCAAGAGCUACGCCCACCAGGGCCAGCUGCGCAUCCACAAGCGCGUGCACACGGGUGAGCGCCCCUACUGCUGCCCGCACUGUGCCAAACGCUUCAGCGAGCACAACCAGCUCAAGGUGCACCUGCGCACGCACACCGGCGAGCGGCCAUACAGCUGCGGUUUCUGCAGCAAGACGUUCAGCAACGCCGGCAACCUGCGCAUCCACGAGCGCAUCCACACGGGCGAGAAACCCUACGGCUGUGGCCAAUGCGGCAAGCGCUUCAAUGGCAUGGGCGACCUCAAGACGCACUACCGCAUCCACACGGGCGAACGGCCCUACAGCUGUGACCUGUGCAGCAAGACCUUCAGUCAGGCCGGUCACCUGACCAUCCACAAGCGCAUGCACACAGGCGAGAAGCCCUACGGCUGCCCUGAGUGCGGCAAGCGCUUCAGUGUGGCAAGCAGCCUCAAGCUGCACCAGCGGACCCACACCGGCGAGAAACUGUAUGGCUGCACAUUCUGCGGCAAAAGCUUCAGCCGCGCAGGUCACCUGAAGCGGCACGAGCAGGUGCACACCAAGGAGAAGGUGUACACAUGCCAACAGUGCGGCCGUAACUACAGCGACAUGUCCACGCUCAAGAAGCACCAGAAGAUUCACCAGAGGAACCUGGCCAGCGAGAGAGGCCAGGCAGCCGCAGAGGAACCUCAGACACAGACUCGGACCGAGAGCCAAGAUAGCCUUAGCACACCAGAUGUGCCACAUGUUGAAACUAUAAAGGUCGAAUGUGAAUGAGGAGACCAUAUAAUGUAACAUUACUGUUUUUGUUUGUUUGUUUUGAGAACUUGCACAAAAUUGUUUUUUGUUUACCUUCAGUAAAAAAUGUUGUGUUACUGCAAUGAUGACACUUUUUACUGAAGAUAAA